UCAUUUUCUCUUUCGUACAGUAUGAGGCUAUCAUUGGCAGUCACACUGAUUUCCGUCCUUGGACUCGCCGCAGGAUUCCUAGAAGUCGCGGCGUUCUCUCGCACGACACAAUUGGUACGGUGCGAAUCUCCCCGCUCUGUCGCGGAUGCCGUUCGCAACACGCGUCUCUGCGCCGCCUUACAAUCCGGCGACGGUGUCUUGGUAAUUGGUGGCACCGGAGGAGUGGGGCAGCUCGUGACGCAAAAGCUAGCCGCGGCGGCGUACGAUGUCCGUGUAGCCUCGCGCGAUCCCGCACGUGCCGCUGCCGUUCUCGCGAACGACAAUGUCCGAGUCGUAUCGCUGGACCUCUUGUCCGCGACGCCGGCUGAUUUAGAUGCGGCUCUGCAAGGAACGGCAGCCGUGGUUAUUUCGGUUGGGACGACUGCUUUUCCAACCAUGAAAUGGCGGGGCGGAAACACCCCACAAGCAAUUGAUCAAGAAGCCGUGACGAAUAUUGCGCAAUCGGCACGAACGGUUCCGGGGUUGAAAAAGGUCGUGCUCUUGACCAGUGUGGGGGUAGACCGAACGGGAGAAAUGCCCUUUUUGAUUCUGAAUCUUUUUGGUGUCCUGGACGCCAAGAAAGCGGGUGAACAAGCCGUCGUGGACGCUGCGGUACACAGUGGGUUCGAGUACGCCAUUAUCCGGCCGGGUCGCCUCGUCGGAGGCCCGUACACCAAUCCCGAUGUGGCCAAGCUGCUACAGGUCCAAGGCGGCGCCGAAAACGGCGUGGAUGUCCAGCCGGGAGAUUCACUAUUGGGAGAUUGCAAGCGUGACGCAUGCGCGGAGGCCGUUGUCCAGUGUUUGAUCAACGAAGAAUGUCGAAACGUAGACUUCUCCAUUGCUUCCAACGAUCAACCUGCUCUCACCAACGAAGCAUGGAACCAAGCAUUCCGGUCCAUGACCCGCUAAAGGCUAUUGUACCUUAAAAAUGAAGUAG